GAGAUAACAGUAGAGAUUCCUACAGGUGUAUGAGAGGAGACUACAGGAGAGAUGAUAACAGUAGAGAUUCCUACAGGUGUGUGAGAGGAGACUACAGGAGAGGAGAUAACAGGAAAGGAGAUAACAGGAGAGAUUCCUACAGGUGUGUGAGAGGAGACUACAGGAGAGAUGAUAACAGGAGAGGAGAUAACAGGAGAGAUUCCUACAGGAGCAGUACCUCAGGGAGCAGGAGAAACUGAAAGGGGAGUGGGAGAGAGCGCAGAGAGAGGUGGACGAGGAAGAACGAAGACACAAGGAAGAGGAGAAGAAGAUCCUGGAGGAGACGGCAACGGCCCUUUCUCAUCCACCUCCCAAAGAGCUCGUUGUUCAGACAGAAGUGAUCGUUCCGGCACAACAGAUCUGUGUGUGAGUGGUAAGCGUCAGUGUUCAGGUUGUAAUCAGGCGCUGGGGAAAGGAACAGCUAUGAACAUCGACACGCUGGGCCUGUACUUCCACCUAACCUGCUUUAAGUGUGGAGUGUGUAAGGUACAGCUCGGUGACACCAGUUCAGGAACAGACGUUAGGAUCCGUAACGGGCUGCUGAGCUGUCACGACUGCUAUGCCACAUCACACGCUGUUGGCCAGCCGACUACGCUGUGAUUGGCUACAGCCUGCAUCUGGAACCCUUCACAACAUUCUGGAACGCUGUGGAAUUCUCUUAACUGGACAAACAAACUUCUCCCAGAUGAUGUCAUGGAGACUGAACUGUCUGAUGCUAACUGAUGCGAAUGGAGGCUAACUGCUAAGUGCUAGCGUUGUAGCUGAUCAACCAGUUUUUCCCAGACUGACUUGAGUACAGAGACCUGAAGCACAACCACUGAUCUACGACAGCACACUCAGACACAUGCUACAUGCUAACACCAGCAGCAGUCGGAAUGUAGUAGCUACCUACCUUACUGUCAAAUUAGCUAAAUGAUAAAUGCUAACGGAUGCUAACUGCUAAAUGCUACUGUUCACUCACCAUCAUAAUGCCUUAAUAACUCUGCUUUGUUUUGUGUUUUAAGUAUUUAGCAUGAACGAAGACCGUGUUAGUUGUUGUUGUUGUUAACGGUAGUUAGGCUGUGUUACCUAGCGACAGCCCUGACUACCACAUAUAGUUGUUAUGGUUACCGUAUGCCUCUCCUCCAUGUUGUUGUGUAAUGAUAAAAGCUUUGUCUUUAUUCUAAUGUUCACCUGAUCAUCAUGUACAUCAUUAUGCUGCGUUUAUUACUCUGAGAGCAAUAAGGAUGGCAUGAUCGCUUUAGUUAUUAUUGGAUGUUAUUAUUACCAUUUAAUACCAAGGAUAUUCUGACAUUGUGUUUUAGAGCUAUGCAUCAUACUCUGCCUUAAGACGAGAGUGAGAGGGGAUAGCACACGUGUAGUGUUUACGUGUGUGUGUGUGUGUGUUUGUGUGCAUGUUUGUGUGAGUUGUUUUAGUUCAACUUGAAGCACAGUCCUAUACCAGCGAAUAUUACUACACAUUUACCCGCCCUCUCACUCUUUCUCUCACCUGAUUGGACCUUUACUCCUAAGAACAACCAAUGAAUGAGACACAGUUAUCUGCUGCUUCCUGUUUAUGCCCAGCCUCUUGUCCUGUGGCAUUUUUAGGCCUAUUUCUUACACCAAUCAAAUGCUUUGGAUAGAUGUGUAGAGGAGAGGAGAAGGGAGGGGAAGAGGGGAGGGGAGG